UCGUCGGUAGAUCCACAUGUGAGUUUGCGGAGAACGAAAGAAAACAUUCGAGAGGACUGAUACAUUUCUUUGAAAUGCAGAAGUGUCCGUCUUGUCCGAAGUGUCAGUCAUUUUAUUCUACCAAAGUACAUGAUGGCCGAUCAUACCAAAAACACCCUCUCCUGUUGGACUGUGGCCACACCUUCUGUGAGGGCUGUCUCCAGGCUUUGGCUAAGGAAGGCAAGACUGCUGUCAGAUGUCCCGUUGACUCAUGCCAGGUGCUUACACCUGUCCAGGGAGAUGUGAAGGACCUUUGGCCAGACCUGUAUACUGUGGGACUCCUGGUGUACAACCAGCGCACACUAUUGGACAGAGAGCUUAGUAAGAUAACACACUCACAGAUGGUGCAAAGUAUGAAAAGGAAGGACACAGACAGACAUGAAAAUCAAGAUAAAUACUGCAGAGAGUGUAUGCGGAAACAAGCUACUUGUCGCUGUGAGAAAUGUGACUUCAUCAUGUGUAUGCAGUGUUUUGAUAAGAUACAUUCAAAGUCCAAAAUGUUAAAGCAGCACCAGCCUGUGCCACUGUCUGCUGACCACAGUAAUGUAGAGGGGCCUAUGUGUAAACAGCAUGAGGACCGACCCAUAGAGUACUACUGCGAGGAUGAUUGUAUGCCCAUCUGUUCUCGGUGUGUCAUCAUAGGCGACCACAAGAAACAUUCCAUCACAUCCAUGGAGGAAAAGAACAAAGCAAUAUUUGCUGACAUGGAGCCAGCUCUUCAUACAGGAACCAAAGUGUUGAGGAAACUUCGUAAGGCAGAAAAUGCGAUUGGGACACUGGUGCCAGACAUGAAGAUGGAGACCACGACUGUCAUAGAGGAAAUACACAGUCACUUCCAGGUCCUGCAUGGCAUGCUUCAGGCUAGAGAAAAACAGUUAAUAGAUGAUGUGUUCAAAGUAUACAGGACAGGCAUAGAGCCUCUGUCAACAUUGAAGGACCAGAUGUAUGAAGAUAUUAGAAAGCUAGAAAUUUCUAUAAAAGCGGCCCAGAGGAUAUUGAAUAACAAUAAUGAAGUGAUUCUUAAUGCCAACGACAUCCUGUCUCAGCUACAAGCAGCCAAGGACUUGCCCUGUAUUGUACAUAAAAAGAAAGAAAAACCCGCUACCAAGAUCAGGUUUGAACAAGGAUUGUCUCUUCCUACAGCGAUUGUCAGUUACGGUGGUAUAGAUGGCUCAGUGCCCAUCAUGGCUGAGUGGCACACAAUUUCUGAGAUGCCGGAGGAGUUGAUGAUGGAUGACUGUGAUACGUCUGAGUCCAUCACUCCAGCCGAGUCUGUUGGGUCCAUGUCUGAUACAGCCACUUCGGACAUGAUUGCUGAUGAUGAAAGUGAUCUAAAACAGUCUUGGAGUUACCAGGUCUCUUUAGAGGAAGAAUUAUCCACUGAAGACAACAGAACAAAACCAAAGGUAGCUGGGACCUCCAGCAAGAAAUCUAAGAAGACAAAAGCUAUGUCUGUACCAAUACCACCUAAGGGAAGAAUCAAGGGUGGCCAGGACCGUGUUUAUGUGACCCACAUCAAGAACCCAGGCAAGUUCUUUGUACAAAGGUCUGGUGAUGCUGCAGCUCUUCGUAAGCUAGCACGACAGAUCAACAUGGCAUGUAAAAAGCCCUCCGCAGAGCGAGAAAUUCCAACGGAUGUGAUGAAAGGAGAUCUGUUGCUAGGGAAAUACACAUGUGACAAUGAAUGGUACAGGGUCAAGGUCAAACAGGUGUUGCCUGGUGAUAACAAAAACAAGAUGAAGCUUGAAAUCAUCUACCUGGACUAUGGAAAUGUUGAAGUGAUCUCAAUUGACAGAACAAGAAAAAUGCAGCAAAGGUUUAUGGAGCAGCCACCGUUCCUGAUGGAAUGCUGUCUGUCUGACAUUGUUCCUGUGGAUAAGGUUGAAUCCUGGUCACUUGAAGCUGUACAGACCUUUGCAAAGAUGACUGCUGAAAAACCAUUAAUAAUGAUUGUAAUCAGUGAGGUUAACAAUGUGCUACAUGUGGACCUGAGUAAGCCUCCAGACGAUGACAUUGUUGAUGAUCGUCCAAUCUCUGUGAGAGACACGCUUGUAUUCCUGGAGCUGGCUAACUUCAUUACACCAGCAUCUAAUAAUGUAGUGGGUAUGGCUCCCCCUAAGCGUUGUUUUCUCUGUCCCAGUCCAGUGUCACCUGGCACUCGCUUUGAUGCCCACCUCACAUGUGCCAAUGACCCUUCAAGUUUUUAUGUACAACAGAUUGGUGAGGAGUCCAGCUACUUCCAUACGGUGAUGAAGCAAAUGCAAGACCAGUAUAACAUGGAAAGGGGAGAUGCAUGGACUGUCUACUGUCCCAGGAUAGGUAUGAUAUGUGUGGCACGGUACUUGGCUGAUGAUACCUGGUACCGGGCCCAGGUGAUAGAUUUACCUGGUAACAAGAUGGUAACAGUCCGGUAUGUCGACUAUGGUAACACAGAAACUGUUGAUAUCACAAAACUCUGCAAAAUCCUUGACAUGUUCCUUGUAUUACCUGUACAGGCCCAGCACUGCCAGCUAUCCGAUGUGGCACCUACAGAAUACUCACAACAGGCAAAGAGAUGGUGGAGUGACCGGGUUACCAUGAAGGAAUUCUCCCUCAAAGUAACAGAUGUAGAGGAGGACCGCCUCUCAGUAGUGAUGUACGAUGAUAACAGCGGUGGGGGUUACCAGUUCAGUGUCAACAGUGAGCUGGUCGGUCGAGGAUUUGCCACUAGUACAGGUCCACUGUCCAAUCAGCUGCCUAAGUGUGGUCUAGGGGAAUUGGUGACAAGCUCUGAGGACAGCUCCACAGAGAGUCAGACGGAGUCCCUAAGUAAACCACUAGUUAGUAGCCAAACCUCCUCAAGGUCAUCAACAAGGUCAAAUUCUGGAGUCACUACACCUGUCGUCUCACCAAAAAAGUCUCUGAAGAAAGCUAGUCAGUGCUCCGAGAUGGCAGUCAGGUAUUUGGUCAUGUCAGAGCCUGAGACCGCAGUCAAUGGCAAGUCAUCCUGCUCAAGUUCCAUCUCGACGUCACCUGAGAAACCAGUCACUGUGCCCAUGAUCACCAAAGUUAAACCAUCAGGUUUGUCCCUAGACAUCAAGGUUGCUGAAGAAAAAUCCAAGGCCAAGCAACAGGAGAACAAGUCAUCAGAACCUGACUCCCCAGGCGAUGUCCAGGUCAUAAUCAGUCAUUUCCAUUCCCCCUCAGACUUCCAUGUACAGCUGGCAUCAUCAGCAGCCGAGGAACUGGAGAAGAUGAUGCAGGGUCUGCAGGAAGAAUACAAGGACUCCGAGACGCAGUGGAUGUCGUGGAAAGUGAUGGAGUUCUGUGUCGCAAAAUACUCGCAAGAUGGACGCUGGUACAGGGGCAAGAUCCAAAAGAUACUCCACAAAAAUGUGAUGGAGGUUAGCGUUGUAUUUGCAGAGGUGAAGUUGGUGGACUACGGUUACACGUGUACAGUCAGUCAGAAUCAGCUACGCCCACUUGCCAGGUUCUUCCUCAAAGACAUGUGCUUUGCCUUCCACUGUCACAUGGCCAACCUGGUCCCAGCAGGUGAUGGACACAAGUGGUCACGCACUGCAUGUGAAUUUAUGGAAGAGACAACCCAGGGUGUGAAGCUGUACUUACAAAAAAAGGGAGACAUGGAAAACGCAUCACUAGCUAUAGAUCUGUUGAUGGAGGAACACAUUGCUGAGAGUGCACUAGAACCCUCUACACACAGGUUUGUCUCUCUCGGAAAGAAGAUUGUGGAACAGGGACUAGGAAUCCCAACCAAGAGAAAUGAGGAAAAGGCAAUCCCUCAGAAGUUCUUGGAGCCGACUGAAAUUCUGCUGUAUGAGGAGCCCCGAGAUGUGUCUUGUGUGUAUUACUUUCCUGCUGAAGUACCUACCUACUCGUCCUUCAAAGCUAUACCAACCUAUGUAGACCUGAAAGCAGUUAUCUACGUACAGGAUACCAAAAAUGAACAAGCAUUGGCGAAACUUUCAGAGCGUCUGAAUAAUAAGUUUGGUAACAGUAAACCCCAUGGCUUUGACAUAGACUGGAAGGUGGGGCAGGCAGGCGCUGCAAAGUUCCACCUGGACCAGUUGUGGUAUCGUGUUCAGGUGGUGCACAUAGAGGCAGAUCUCAUAAAGGUCAAUUUUAUAGAUUUUGGAAAUACAGAAAUGAUUUCACCUGACGUACUACGAGCAGAUGUUGCCGAGUUUACAGAUAUUCCACAGCUUUGUUAUGAGUGUGUCCUCAACAACAUUGCACCGUUGACAGAGGAUGGCACAUGGACGGUACCUGUUUUAGACCAGAUUCACAAGUUACUUGUCUCCAAACCCUGCUCUGUAGAGAUACUGAAGAUUGAUGCUAAUUUGCAGUUAAUUGUUAAAAUAAGCAUGGAUGGAGAAAACGAUCUUGGAGAUGCCCUCUGUUAUAGUGGUGUUGCCUUCCACCCAGACAAGACCAGUGAACUUGUAUCUCAGAGUCAUAAAAUAGCCAAGGUUGUAGAGAAGAAUAACCCAUACAAGACUACAGAGCUGAUGCCCCCUGGCGAGUACUUCCCAGUGGACAUUACCCAUGUAGAGGUGCCUAAUGUGGUGUACUUCCAGCAUACCAGACAAAGUGGAUCCGAAAUGGAUGAGCGCAUGGAUGAAAUAAAUGCUCAACUCUCAAAAUUAGUACAGCUUGCUUUUGACCUGAAUGAAGUUGGACCUUUGGCUGCUGCUUUACCUAAUCCAAAACCAGGCCUCAUGUGCUGUGCCCAGUUUUGGUUCGACCAGUGUUGGUACCGGGCGGUAGUGGUGGAGCGUGACACUAGGACAGACAUGAUCCUUGUCAUGUAUGUCGACUACGGUACAUCCGAGUACGUCACGGUAGACAGAGUGAGGGCUUUGCCAUCCAGGUUUGGGAGCCUGCCUGCACAGUCGGUCAGAUUGACGUUAAGUGAGGUCAGCCCCAAGUCUCGUGAUGGACAGUGGUCCAAGGAAGCCUUGGAAGCCAUCAUAACUUCUAUUAGUAACAAGCAGCUCAUUGCCUGUCUCAAGAAAAGUGAUCCUCCAACUGGUGAUCUGUAUGUGGUGGGCUCUUCUGCUGGUGCUGCCCUUUCCCUUGCCUACCAGGAAGUGGGUGAUCUAGGGCUGAUAACUCUGCCGGACGAGUCAGCACUGUAUGAUGAUACCAUGGUUACCAAGGGGGAAGGAGAGGCUGCACGUGAUGUAACACCAGACUCGUCAGACGUAGAAGUGAAUGAUAAGGAUGAGGAAGAAAAGGUCAAGGAUGAGGGGGGAAAACUGUCAGAUGAAAAGGGAAGGGACGAGGAUGAGAGUGAAAAGGUUACAUGGGUACAGACACCAGAGGAGCCACAUCAAAGUGAAACAAAAGACAUUGACCAUGAAAACCGAGACAUUGUUAGUGUAGAAGAGACAAGCGACGGUGAGGACGAUGUUAUCAUAGAGGAGGAUAUGUCAUGUGACGACGUAGAUGAUGUUGAUAAGGAAGGAGAUGAAUAGUGUUCCGAACACUUAGUUAAAACAGCGGCCAGGAAUCCUAGCCUACAUCUACCUCUGUUUCCAGUAAUCCAUUUGAAAUAAUGGCAAUUCUGAAUGACAUGAGACUAGAAGGAAACUGUAUGUAAGAUUGUAUGGUUUUACCACAGAUGUUGAGGACGUAUAUCUGUAAGACUAAGUUUUUUUUUGGUUAUUACAUUUUUGUGCAAUACUGUUUUCACUGUGAACUAUGUUUUGUUUUACUUCUCAGAAAGAGAUCACUGUUUGAUUAUUUAUUUUAUAUUGAUAAGAGUUCCUACAGCAUUUAGGAGUUGUUAACAGAUUGUACAGAACACAAACAUGGAAAACACUGAAAGUAUGGGUUUAUAACCUACAGACAGGUUGAACAUGUGACGACAUUCCUGACAACCUCGGAGGAUGGGGCCUGUGCUACAGAUCCUGUGAUCCUGAAUACAUUGUAAAAAGCAUUGGCUUGUUACUUUUUUUCAUUUUUUUAUGUCAAAGUAAAUGAGAGGGAAUUGUUAAGUGUUAAGAAAGUGAAGUAUAUAUUCAAGAGCGAUGUCCUGCUAGUAUUGACUUUCAAAAGAGAUGCCAGCUAGUAUUUACUACAGUAUUUAACAACAGAUCUAAAUCUGGUAUUGACUACAGUAUUUAACAACAGAUCUAAAUCCGGUAUUUACUAUAGUAUUUAACAACAGAUCUAAAUCUGGUAUUGACUACAGUAUUUAACAACAGAUCUAAAUCUGUUAUUUACUACAGUAUUUAACAACAGAUCUAAAUCUGGUACUAACUACAGUUUUUAACAACAGAUCUAAAUCUGGUGUUGACUACAGUUUUUAACAACAGAUCUAAAUCUGGUAUUAACUACAGUUUUUAAAAACAGAUCUAAAUCUGGUAUUGACUACAGUUUUUAACAACAGAUCUAAAUCUGGUAUUAACUACAGUUUUUAAAAACAGAUCUAAAUCUGGUAUUGACUACAGUUUUUAACAACAGAUCUAAAUCUGGUAUUGACUGCAGUAUUUAACAACAGAUCUAAAUCUGGUAUUAACCACAGUUUUUAACAACAGAUCUAAAUCUGGUAUUAACUACAGUUUUUAACAACAGAUCUAAAUCUGGGAUUGACUACAGUAUUUAACAACAGAUCUAAAUCCGGUAUUUACUAUAGUAUUUAACAACAGAUCUAAAUCUGGUAUUGACUACAGUUUUUAACAACAGAUCUAAAUCUGGUAUUGACUACAGUUUUUAACAACAGAUCUAAAUCUGGUGUUGACUACAGUUUUUAACAACAGAUCUAAAUCUGGUAUUAACUACAGUUUUUAACAACAGAUCUAAAUCUGGCAUUGACUACAGUAUUUAACAACAGAUCUAAAUCCGGUAUUUACUAUAGUAUUUAACAACAGAUCUAAAUCUGGUAUUGACUACAGUUUUUAACAACAGAUCUAAAUCUGGUAUUAACUACAGUUUUUAAAAACAGAUCUAAAUCUGGUAUUGACUACAGUUUUUAACAACAGAUCUAAAUCUGGUAUUUACUACAGUAUUUAACAACAGAUCUAAAUCUUGUGUUUACUACAGUAAUUCACCGGAGAUGUCUAGAUAAUGCAUAAUGCUGGACUGCAGAUGUCUAGCUGGUACUUUCUGAAGUAAUUCACUAGAAAUAUCUUGAUGGGUUAGUAGUGAAGUGCUGGAUAAGAAAUGUGUGGAUGGUAUAUAGUGAAUGUCAGACAAAAUGUAGAUGCUUGUUGUCGUGGUGACUCAAUGUGGAUGAUGAGUUGAGAUACCGAGAGAAAAACUGAGGUUUUAUUCUUCUUUUGUUAUUGUUUUAUUAUAAACUUGUUUAAAUAACUAAAAAUUGUGGAAAUGUUCAGUAUUCUGGAUGAUGGCAAUGUGCAUUGAUUUUACAAGUCUAUUAGAGGUUUUUGCUGAUAAGGGAGACAACUCGGUUACUGUGUAAAAAAAAAAGCAAAAAGCAAAAUUACAAACCAAGUAGACAAGACUAUGUAGUUUGUAGUGGGAAAUUAAAUGAUCCCCCAUAUAACCGGUACCUGCUACUGAAUGCUGUUCUCCAACAUAACCGGUACCUGCUACUGAAUGCUGUUCUCCAACAUAACCGGUACCUGCUACUGAAUGCUGUUCUCCAACAUAACCGGUACCUGCUACUGAAUGCUGUUCUCCAACAUAACCGGUACCUGCUACUGAAUGCUGUUCUCCAACAUAACCGGUACCUGCUACUGAAUGCUGUUCUCCAACAUAACCGGUACCUGCUACUGAAUGCUGUUCUCCAACAUAACCGGUACCUGCUACUGAAUGCUGUUCUCCAACAUAACCGGUACCUGCUACUGAAUGCUGUUCUCCAACAUAACCGGUACCUGCUACUGAAUGCUGUUCUCCAACAUAACCGGUACCUGCUACUGAAUGCUGUUCUCCAACAUAACCGGUACCUGCUACUGAAUGCUGUUCUCCAACAUAACCGGUACCUGCUACUGAAUGCUGUUCUCCAACAUAACCGGUACCUGCUACUGAAUGCUGUUCUCCAACAUAACCGGUACCUGCUACUGAAUGCUGUUCUCCAACAUAACCGGUACCUGCUACUGAAUGCUGUUCUCCAACAUAACCGGUACCUGCUACUGAAUGCUGUUCUCCAACAUAACCGGUACCUGCUACUGAAUGCUGUUCUCCAAAGACUUGUUGUUUACUUUCACUGUAGACUUGUUGUUUACUUUCACUGUAGACUUGUUGCGUGAACUAUAAAGACAAAUUUUGACAUCCUUUGUGUAUGCUGUUUUAUUUGGCAGUAGGUAAAAGUAGCAAAACUGUUGGCCUCUUCCAAAAUAUCAUGUGAAAAAAUGAUGUUUAAGAAAAUACAAACUGUUUACAGAGGCACAGCUAGAAUGUGAUGGGAAGGACUAUCUAGAGACAAUGGCCAGCUAUGGCAG